UUUCGCAUUCUUAUACAUUUUGCGAAACAGUGAACAAGUACUUGUUAAAUAUAUAAAAUUUCAUUUAUUGUGAUUUAUAACCAUUUAAUAAUCUUUUUGAGAAUUUUGAAUUUUCAUACUUUUAAUUUUUCAUUUAAUUUUUUUAUUCGUGUUAUGUGAAGCUUUUGGACUUGAGUGUUUGAAAGAAGUUCAACUUUAUAAAAACUUCUACGCAAAAAUAUAUUUCAAAAUGGCGACAAUAUUUAGAUGUUUGUUGCUUGUAACAUUUGCGAUUUAUGUUAUAUGCGAUGAAGUCGAAAUGGAGGUGCAAAGCAGUUCGGUUAUGAAGAUGUUAAGAGAGAUGGUAAACCAAACUGCCGCGGAAGCUUUAAACUUGCCCGCAAACGCUACUUCCAUACGAGAAAACAUCACUGAUACGUUCAGCUGUGAUAACCGCACUUACGGCUACUAUGCAGACGUGGACAAUGAGUGCCAGAUAUUCCACGUGUGCCUCCCAACGGAGACACCUUCUGGCCGCAACAUCACCUACAAGUUCAGUUUCAUAUGCCCCAAAGAGACUCUGUUCAAUCAGGAAGUACUAGUAUGCACAAGACCCAGAGAAUCAAUCCCAUGCGAAGAAUCACCAAGCUUCUAUGAUCUUAAUAUGGAAAUCGGUAAAAUAGCAGACCCAGACAAAGAAGAUUUAGAUACAAACACAAACAGACAAACAGAAAAUAUACCUAUAAAAGAAAAUGUAAGUAAAAGGAAGCAAAAUAAGAACCAAAAUCGUAAAAAACAAAAUAUAAUUAUGGAUGCUUUGUUAAAAGAAGCAGAGGAACAGAUGGAAAUGAAUGAAGAAUUCAAUGACAAACCUAAAGAUAUCGAAAUUGAACCACAAACAAAACUUGAUAUCCAGUAUAAUCCAGAUAUAAAAAUAGUUGGACCUCAAAGCAAACCUGAAAUUGGCAUUGAGACAACCCAAUAUCGACCUGAAGUCGACGUUGGAAUGACCCAAUACAACCCUGAAAUGAAGAAAGAAUCCCAAUAUGAAACUGAACCUAAAAUAGAACCGGUUCAAUAUGAAACAGAAGUUAAUUAUGAGACAAGCAAAUCUAAGCCAAAUAUCCCAGAAAUGAAUGAUGAAUUAGAGAACACGAGAUUGGGUUCAGAGAGAAGUAGUAAAAGGACAGGCAGAAAAAUCUGGAGAGGUUCUAUGAAAUUUAAAACAGUAUAGUUAAAUUUUUGUAGUAAUGAUUGUCAGCAUAUUAAAAAGGAUAUUGUUUGUAAAUAGUUUAAAUUUUUAAUAUAAUUUAAGUAAUCCUGACGAUGCCUAAUAAAAGGAUAAUAUUUG